AUGACUCUGACGAGCUUCUUGCGCAGCUCCAGGAGAGCUAGAAUGAUCUCGAAGGGAGUGGGGUUGUCUACUCUCUCGAAGGCAAAGAAAGUCUUGGCUCUUCGCGAUUGCUUCCAAGAUGAAGUCUUUGAGGCUGUCAUAGCUAGCGUGAGGAUCACUGCUAAUUCUUUCAUCCAUGCGGAGGGAUUGCUCAGGUCUGAGCUGACACGGAGGCCAAUUCAAGCUCAGUCGCAGCGAGCACCAAGGUACAUCCACUCAACUGGCUACAGGAAAGAAAGGACCGAAAGGAGGGACACCAUAGCAAGUGGUUUAAGCGAAUGGGUCAGGGCAAGUAGCAGCAAAUGCCAAUGUCCAGUGGUGGGUAGCGGCGCGAAUCUCCUCAUGAGAACAUGCACAGCAAAAUGGGGGAGCCUGGUCGAGGUCGCGACCACAAACGUUUUCCUCCUGGACGAUCUUGCUAAUUACGUAUGCCGUCUCUAUCGACUGGAGAUCGCCGCUGUGGAGCUCGACGCAAUGCCGCCCGACGACCCAGCGGCGGCUGGGGCAUGGGUUGCUUUUGAUCCUGAGGCGACAAUCGGUGCCAAGCCGAUGAUCGAUGCCGAGGCAGUGAUUGCUGAUGUGAAGGCAAGGGGCACUCUCUUUGCCAGGAAAGGAAGCAGUCGAGUGUGGGCGAGCGUGAGCACUCACACGCAGCUCACCGUUCGAGUUGAGGUCGAGUCUGACUGUCGUCUUCCAAAAUUUCGACCGGCAUAUCAACUUGUCAACGACGUGAAAAGCAUCAUCGAGUUAUAUUUUUCAAGGCAAGAUGUUUUCUCAAAGGGGCUGCAAAUUCACAUCCAGAUCCAUGAUUAUGAAGGGAGUGUCAUUGAUGUUUCUUUACUUGCUGCUAUAGCUGCUCUUUUAUCCUUGGGAGAUCAACGUCUUACUGAGACAAUCAUGCAUGAUGUCCCAGUUGCCAUAACUUUCGGAUUUUUUACCUACGGAGGGCCAGUUGUAGUAGAUCCAAGUAGACGCGAAGAAGCUCUCAUAACAGGGUCUUUGACACUGAUUGUGACACAAGCCGGAAAACUCCUUUUCCGGAAGAAAGAAGGGGUGGUGAAGUGGAGCGAACUACUUUGGCCUGUUUUACAGUCCAGGGUUGCAGACGUUUCACUUCUGAAAGAAUGGGUUGAGAGGCAGGAAGGUCUCCAGAACUUCUACAAGACCAAGGAGAAGCCUUUUGCAGGGUUCAUAGGCGUACAGAAAACCUGGAAAUACACGCCCAAGAGAUUGACCACACCUCAUACCAAAAGCCAUAUCAGCCUGGGUAUAGCAGCUCGACAACUUCCUCUUCCACUCCCUUAUUGGGCGCGUGAGCGCAAUGAGUCGGCUGGUGAGCAUGGUGCUUUCAUUGAGAGAGAUUACGUGGGGGACGCGUUAGUGACAUCAAGGUCACUUGUAGGGGACCUAGUCUGUUCAUGGGCACCCCUUCGGCCAAAAACAGAACACCCCUGGGAUUUCUUACGACGUUUUGAGACAACAAUGAGAGAACACUAUCCGAAAGAAAGCAUUUUUCAGAGCUUAACCGACGCAAAACAUUGGUUGAAAAAAGAGGAGGAGUCUAUGAAGAAGGUACUUGAGAAAAGCAAGCGGACUUCAAAGCCAGGAGAUGACUUGCCUUUUGAGCUGUGCACACGGGAUGUAACAGUUAUUGGCUGUUACAUCCCUUUUGUCAUGGAGGAGCCAAAAGGAUAUGAUCCCCCAGGAGAAUGGGGAACUGAGGAGGAGGAAGAUAAGAGGGAGAAGGAACUACUAGCUUUGAUGUUUUAUCCAAAGCUAAAAGAUGAAAUUUUGACGACGAUGCUGGAGCCUGGUUUGAAGUUGUUUGAAGUUCACUUUGGCCAGAAGAUUGGGAACGGCUGGACUUGUUUCUACAAGAGGCGAGACACCCUGAACUGGGAGAAGAAGAAACACAAUGUUUGCAGUGAAUCAUGA